UUUCGUCUGGGGAUAUAAUAAAGAUUUUUGUAACGCUGGGUUAUAUGUGCUGCUGAUUGAGAGAACUUUUAUCCUACUAUACAUCAAUGAAUUUAAGCAAUAUUAGAAAUGACUUAUCAAGCUCAGUUAUUUCAAUGUUGCAGAGAAGGAGAUCUACAAAAGGCACAGUUUCUGCAUGAGGAGAAAGAUGUGGAUCUAAACUUAAGAGACAUCUGGGACAGUUCCCCACUUUACUACGCUUGUUUAUGUGGGCAUUUUGAACUAGUGGAGUACCUGCUACAAAAUGGAGCUAAAUGUGUUGAGAACAGCUUUGAUGGAGAGAGAUGCUUGUAUGGUGCACUUACCAAUGACAUUAAAAACCUCAUCAAAAAUUGGAAACAAGUUCAUACAAGGGGACUUAGAAGGGAGAGGCAUUAUGAUAUGAUGCGAUCAUUGCUGGACAAAGGGAGCUUUUAUGAUGUCAUAAUGAAUGUGCAUGGUCGUCAGUUUAAAGUACAUCGCUACAUAUUAUCAGCGAGGUCUGAAUAUUUUGCCGACGCCUUUAGUAAUAAAUGGAAGAAUGUUGAUGAAGUUAAUAUCAGUCACCAUGCGGUAACAGCAGAUGCAUUUGCUUGCCUUUUGCAAUACCUAUACACAGGUAGAAUGGACAUACAAUGUGAUAUGGUUGGUCAAGUAAAAAGACUCGCUAAAAAUUGCCGUCUGGAUUUAUUACAUCAAGAAAUAAUUAAAGUUGAAUUAAGGGUAGAUGAAUUGGUUCGAUUGAAACCACAAAUGAAGAAAAGAGUUAAAGUGUUCAGCAUUGAAGGGGAAGUAUGCAUGUCAGUGUUUCGAGACGAUUUACGUAAGCUUGUCGACCAUGUUAUUCCCCCUUCUCUACAUGACUGGGUAGAAGAUGGGAUUCUUCCUUUUACGAAAAUGUGGCGGGAAACGCUGCUGUUUCCUGAUGUUUGCUUCAAUAUAGACAACCAUCUGUUCUUGGGCCAUAAAGCCAUAUUCUGUGCAUGUAGUGAUUACUUCACUGCUUUAUUUGAAGAUCAUUUCCUGGAAAAUAGUUUCCAUUCUGGCACACGAGUCUUACCAAUGAUCACCCUCACCCAUAUAAGUCCACAGAUAUUUAAAAACGUUGUGGUAUCCAUGUAUUCAGAUGAGGUUGAGUUUACAAGCAUGGAUACAGCAUAUGAGACAAUGUGUACGUCACAUAUGUUGUUGUUUCAUGGACUUACAAGGCGUUGUGGGCAAAUACUUGGCCAGCAUUUGGACGAGAGUAAUCUGUUCCCUUUGUUGGAAGUGGCGAGAAAUUUUGACCUUCCAAAACUCGAGGAUAUGUGUGCCAUGUACAUGGCAAAGACCUUGGACAAAAUGGUAGACAAUGAAGAAUUCGCCGAGCUCGUCGAAAAUGAUGCUGCUAAGAUCAAAGAUCGGGAAGAAACCGACUCUAUUCCUAUAGUAGAUGACAUCAGGUAUCAUCUCACUAGUUCAGUACAGAACUACAGUCAGAUGGAAGAAGCAAAUUUUAAGCUUUCGGCAUUAAAUGCUUUGCUGUCAAGACUGGGAAUUGAUUGUUAAACUCUUAUAUUUUACUACUGAUUAUUAUUAUGCAGAAAAUUUAUUAUUUUUUACCGUAUUCCUUUUUAGUGCUGUGUACCAUUUUUGGUUAAACAAUAAGCAUGCAAACAAAUUUAUACGGAUUGCCAUUUUACUGCCUCACAUAAGUGGUGUAUUCUCAUUUAUCGUGGUUUUAUUUUAUAAGUUUCAGUUUGUGCUUGACCAUCAGUAAGGUUUUUCGUUUUUAACAUUUAGUCAUUUAUCGUUUGAUGUUUCAUACAAUCACCCAUAAAGAUAUAUUGUGGUAACUCCUAAGCUGGCAUGAGGUGUAUGAAACAGAACACCAGGGCUAUAAAAACUCAUUUUCCGGCCACAAGAGGUAAAUCAAGUUACGUUACAUUUUUCUUAAAGCCAGGAUAAUUCAUAUCAUUUUGUGUUUUAUCUUAUAUAUGUUCCUUACACUAUUUUAUCCUAAGUUCCCUACAAUUCAGUUUUCAUUAUACUAAAAUUAGUAGAAUGUAGACUUCAAAGUAUAUUCCUAAAUAUAGGUAUUAACAGAACCACUAACAUAGUCUUUUGAUGCGUUUCGUUUAAUAAAAACUUUGCACCAACUGG